AUGGCGGCCGCGGACAGGGCGGGCGGCCCGGGGGCGCAGAGCGGCGGCGGCGGCACCGCCCCAGCCACUGAACCGCGGCUGUCCCUGCUUAUCCUGAGCAAGACCGGCCUGCCCGCGGGCUUCCAGCGGCUGCGGCUCUCAAAGGAGCCUUUCACAGCGCCGGGAGCCCCCGGCACCUUCCAGAACCUUCCCUCGCUGCCACCUCAGCGAUGCACGGAGACGCUGCGGCUGAGGGAAAACGGGACCAGGACGGGGUGGGCAACGCGCCCAUGUUUUAUUAGCGCGGAAGGAGGGCGCGGGGGCCAAGGGGCUGCUGCUCCGCCGCCCCCCGGGCCGCACGGCAGCUACGAGCCAAGGAGUCUCCACCGAACUACAAGUCCCAGGGGCGCCGCGCGGGCCGAGCCGCGCCGCCCCGCCCCGGGCGGCCGUGGGCGGGGCUGGGCGGGCGCCGUGAGUCAGUGCCCGGUAAACAUUGGCGUGAGCCGCCGGCCCCGCCGUGCUGGCGGCGCCCUGAGGGCGGCGGGGGCCGGGGCUAGGGCCAUGGACGAGCUCAAGCACCAGGUGAUGAUCAACCAGUUCGUGCUGGCGGCCGGAUGCGCCGCCGACCAGGCCAAGCAGCUGCUGCAGGCGGCCCACUGGCAGUUCGAGACUGCUCUCAGUGCUUUUUUCCAAGAAACAAACAUCCCCUACAGCCACCACCAUCAGAUGAUGUGCACUCCUGCCAACACGCCGGCCACGCCGCCCAACUUCCCCGACGCCCUCACCAUGUUCUCCCGCCUCAAGGCUUCCGAAAGCUUCAACAGCAGUAGCCCCGUGGCCUCCAUGGCGACUUCCCCGCCGCCCCCGGCCCCGCCGCUGCCCCAGCACGGGGCCUUCAACCCCGCCUGGCCCGCGGCCUCUCCGCCCGGGCAGCAGCAGCAGCAGCAGAGCAUGUGGACUCCGGCCGCGCCGGCGCAGCCCGCGGGCUGGCCCGCCGCCGUCUCCCAGCAGGCCAGCGCAGAACAGAAGGCCAACGUGACCAUGGAGGCAGAGAGAUGAGGCUGCGGUGGAGAGCGGCCGCGGCGGGGACCCCUGCCUAUAAAUAUAUAUAUAUAUUUUUUUUUUCUCUCCCCCCUCCCCAAAGAGGAGAGGAACUGUGCUGCCAGGGCAUCUGGCAGCCGCCGAGACACACGAGCAAAUAGCUGCCUUGCAUGGGUUUGGUUUGAAGUAGUUUUUACUUGUUCUCGAGCUGAAUGGAGCUCCCCAGAGACAGCGGGAGGCUGCGUGGGACCGGUGCUGGCCUCUGCCUGGGACCCUGACGCUGCCAGACUCUCGGGGAGGGAGCACCCCCUCCUCUCUUGGGACACCGGAGUUUGCAUGCCAGUGACAUUUAUGGAGGAGGUCCCUUCCUCAGAGUCCCCCGGGCCGCCCCACCAGGCAGAGUGGGUUGUGCCUGAGUGUUUUCUCCCAUCCCUUGGCCCUCAUCAACUGGGUGGGGGGCAGACACCUUGUGAGGCUUGUUUUUUGUAAGGGGUGGAGAGAGCAAGGGCUGUUCCUGCACCACCACAGCCUCCCCCCCACACGCACUGUCCUCACUGGUGAGCAGGGCUGGGGACACCGGCCCUCGGGGAGGCGUCUGGCCCCUCGCCCAGCCCCGAUGGGGAGCAGGGGGUGAGCACUGGUGGUCCCACCUUCCCCUCCAGCCUCCCAGGAUGGGGUUUGCCCCAGGGCUGUUUUGCAUGACACAGUGUAACCCUAGAGACUGGGAUCGUUUUUAACCUCUCUGUUCUUUUCUCCCGGCGGCUGGAAGUCUCUCCGGAUGCGCCGCAGCCGCUUGCAAUACACGCUCUUCUGCUUUGAA